AUGGUCAUUCGGAGCAUUUACAGACCGAGUCGCUUGCGGGCGUGGAAAUCUGAAAGGGGCGGGGAAGGAGAGCGGUCAUUUGGGAAACAAGUUCUAAGAGUGCUGAGUUGUGCAGCAGGAGAAUGUUGGGUAUAUAAGUCGUCACUUGUUGUAAUUAGUACAGUUUUAGCCACGGUAUGGGCUGACCUUCCACGCUAUGGAGGUUUUGGAGGAGGAGGAUCAAGCUUUAGUUUUGGAGGAGGUUCGAGCUCUGCUUUUGGAAGUGGAGGUUCAGGAUCAGGAUUUGGAGUAAGUUCUGGUUCGGGAUUUGGAGGUGGGGGAUCAGGCUCAGGCUUUGGAGGUUCUGGCUUUGGAGGAGGAGGUUUCGUCUCAGGAGGAUGCGGUCCAGGACAAGUGUUCCAUGCUGGUAGAUGUGUCACUCCACGCGAGAACCGCAAAGUCUAUUUGUACAACGCACCACCCGCACCACCAGUUCCCCAUGGUCCUCCACCAUACAUCCCUGAGCCAACCAUUGACACGAAUAUCGUGUUCAUCCAAACACCUGAAGAAGGUCCAGGACCAGAACCUAUCAUUAUACCUCCACCACAGACGCGAAGCGUUGUCUAUGUCCUUAACAGACAGAGGCCAGAACAAGCGGAAGUGAUCGAAGUCCCAGCGCCGCCAGCAACCAGCCCUGAAGUUUUCUUCGUGAACUACGCUGACGGCGAGAACCCAGUUCUUCCAAGCGGCGUUGACCUUCAGACUGCCUUGAAUGCCGCUUCCCAAGGAGGCGGUCAAGUGGUUGGAGGAGGUGCCGGCGGUGGUUUCGGAGGAAGCGGAGGUGCCGGCGGCGGUUUCGGAGGCAGCGGAGGUGGUUUUGGAGGCAGCGGAGGUGUCGGCGGUGGUUUUGGAGGCAGCGGGGGUGUUGGUGGGGGCUUUGGAGGCAGUGGAGGAAGUGGAAGUUUUGGCGGUGGCAGUGGAGGAGCUGGUGGAUUUGGAGGUAGUGUAAUUAGCGGCGGAGGUGGUGGUGGCGGCUUCAGCAAUGGAGGUUCACCUUCCAGUCUGUACACCACACCUUAG